CACACUCGCUCUGUUUAACCUCCCUCUCGGCCAUCUUAAUCACUUUUUCUUUUAUCUAUACACGCAAAACACAUACCAUGGACAGACAAGCAGAGCAGCGCCGAGAACUUCUUUACACCAACCUCAGCAAACAGCUCACCCGCCUCAACCAAAACUUUGAUACAUUAGGCAAAAAUGUCACUGUAAUGAAGGAACAGGCCGAGCUGUCGCAACGGCUGGCGAUAUCACACGCCUCCAUUUUCAUGGCUUCCAAGGAUGUUCUGUUGGGCAAAAAAGAUAAAUAGUUUCUAUUCAUCUUCUUCCGUGCACAAUAAUAUAAACA